GUUUACAUCCAAAAAUAUUGAAUAAUAAAAUUUAAUUCAGUUUAACAAAAUGAAUACCUCAGAUGAGCGGGUGAUGAACCAGUUUUAUACCAAUAUCAGCAAAGCUCAGAGGUAACUUCGUCUUCAAACUCGUUGUCUUAUCAAGCGUUAUAGACUAAAGAUUGAGAUAAACGACACAAUUGAAAAGAGAUGCCCUUAUAACCCUAAUUAUGAUCGUAUCAGACUACUUUGGCAAAAUUCUGCGAAGAAUAGCAACAUUUCUGCCAAGUCUAGCUCGAGUCAUAAGAGCAGAUCUUCGUCCUGCGUUUCAAGCUGUGGCUCUAUUUCUUCUGUGGAGAGCACGCAAAGAUAUCGCAAUUUACCAAUAAAAACAAGCAUCCGAUGCCUGAAUCAAUUAAGACUGCACAGUAUGGAUCGAUCUGGAUCAACAAGUAAGAGCUAUCCGACUGAGCCAAAUACCUCUUCUGAAGAAGAGAUUCAAGAAUUUGCUUAUGAUGACACCGAGUCAAACAACCAAUCUAAAAAAUUUCAGAAAAUAACCAAUAUUCUCAAGGAAUUUAGAGUAGAAAGUAUCUCAGAGAUGCUUUACAGGGAGAAAUCAAGGCAGAAGAGUAACUCCAAUUUCAAAAGCAUCAUUUACAACCAGAAGUCAGAAUCCAACUCAAAUGAGGCCAGGGAAUAUACCUCUUCAAUUCCAGAACAAAUUUCAAAUGAUGAUGGUCUUAUUUGCGAAAUUGAUAACAAAGAAAAUCUGGUAAUCGAGUUAGAAGAGUCAGAGGAAGACUCACAGCUUAAUGACAGCAACAUUCCUGCCCCUGUUCUAAGGAAAGGCUCUCAGAACCAAGUCGUGAUUGAUCUGAAAUCACUCUCUCAAAGUAAGAGUCGAUACAAAUACCAACAAGCAGAUAAAGAGUUUAGAAACUGCUAUAAACACUCAAAAAUAGGAGAUUUUGCUCGAACUGAUCGUAAGAGAAUAUCUCUCAAUAUGGAUGACUUCCUGACUAAACCUGCAGAGAAAAGCAUGAAGGAUGCAAGUCCAGAAUUAGAGAUAAACAUCUCCAAGCAUCAGUCACUUAAGAUUGAAGAUUAUCUUGACGAUGAGCCUUGGAAUACAAAUGAGGACAAGAAGCAUCCAAAUAUCAAGGAAGAUCUGGAGAAACUAGAUCUUGACUGUUUUAGCUCACGCUCCAAAAAUCCAAAUUAUAUACAAAAAGAGCGUGAUAUUGAGUCGUUGUCAAGCAUUGGGAAAAAUAAGGAUAGUUCCAUCAUCGAUCUCUGUAGUCAAGAGAGGCAUAAAUAUACCCCUACUCUUGAUACCAACUGUCAGUCGAGUUCAACUAGAAGGAAUCCUACGUGGUUCCAAACAGAUUGCUCAAAUAAGGCAGAUGAGGACUUCACCUUUAAAACAAAGCUUGAUUUUGAUAAAACGGAAGAUAUCAGUCCAAAGUUGUAUUAUGAAUAUGAAUCUAGAGCUAAGAACCAUCCCUUCCUUAUCUCAGAUGGUUCAGACAGAUCUGGGCUUGGCUUCAGUGAUGAUGAGUAUAAGUGAGAUUGGGCAGAAAGGGAAGAGAUAACCGUUCAAACUUAUGAUUCUGUUCAAUAAUUUUUAAUAAGAUCUUUUCUAUCAUUAA